AGAAGAAACAGCUGCGGACGUGGUCGCGGCAAUGAAACACUACAGGAAACGAUAAACACGGUGACGCCAGAUGGAGGGCAGUGAGAGCGUGAUUGCAACAGAGCGGUACGGCUCGCAGGAGGGAUGGGGAUAUCGGGUAAAGAAUGGUAUAAUGAAAAGACAGAGAGAAGGGCAUGGAAGCAGAGCGACGGGGAACUCCCUUCACUGCGUGUUCAAAAGUGUCUUCCUGCCGCAGGGCUACCCAGAGAGUGUCAGUGAAGAUUACCUGCCGUAUCAAUUAUGGGACACGGUACAGGCAUUCUCCAGUUCUCUGUCUGGUACUCUGGCCACACAGGCCUCUUUGAGGGGUGUUGGUGUUGGUAACCAGGAAGCAACAGUUGCUGCAGCAACUGUUACCUGGUUACUGAGAGAUGGCACGGGGAUGUUGGGUCGGAUCCUCUUUGCCUGGCUCAAAGGGUCCAAGUUAGACUCUGAGGCCAAGAAGUGGAGGCUUGUGGCUGAUGUUCUCAAUGACAUUGCCAUGUUUAUGGAGAUUAUGGCCCCUCAUUUUCCUCCAUUCUUCACUCUCAUUGUAUGCAUCGCAGGAAUUUUCAAGUCUGUCGUAGGGGUUGCAGGUGGAGCCACACGAGCAGCAUUAACGGUGCACCAAGCUCGCAGAAACAACAUGGCGGACAUUUCUGCCAAAGAUGGCAGUCAGGAGACCCUGGUGAACUUAGCUGGGCUGCUGGUCAGUUUAGUGCUGAUUCCACUGGUCACAGAUAACCCUGUGUUGACAUUCAUGCUCUUCUUCCUUUUCACCGCUCUUCAUUUGACAGCCAACUAUAAAGCGGUUCGAUCAGUUGUCAUGGAGACCUUUAAUAAGGCCCGCCUCUCAAUAGUCCUGCACCAAUACUUGCUUGAUGGGCAUGUGCUUAGCCCAGCAGAAGCUAAUAGGAGAGAGCCUGUGUUCCUGGAGUUUGGAAAAAGAACAUCAGUCAGACUAGGGGUGAGUCUUCAGGAGCUAAUUAAAAGACCUCAGGAAUUACAGCUCGCUGAGAAGGACAACACCAAGCCUUACCUUAUUGGAGUGAGAAAUGGCACUGUGUAUGUGUGUUUGGGACUCAGUGCUACAGUUCAUGAUGAGUUGGAAGCAGCUUGUCAGGCUUUUGGAAUCAGCUUUGUGUUACACCAUAUCCUGCCACCAGAGGGCACACUCAAAAGACUGUCAAACACAGAUGACCCAUGGGAACUAGUGUCUGAAAGUUACAAACUAAUGGACCAGAUUUUCCCCACAUUCCUUAAAGGCGUGGAAGAGGCAAAGUGGAAGACUGACUGGGCCCUGUUAGACUGGGAUGAGUGGAGAGUGGAGUGGAGGAAGAAGAGCAGUUAACUGAAGAUGGCCUGUGAAGGAAGAAGAUAACUAUGGAGGGGAACAGAUACAGUUUUGAAUAUCCUGGUGUUGUUUCAUGGACUACAUGUGUUGGUGUUUAAGAGAAUAAGAAUUUCACAAAUGUGUAAGUCUAAUCUGUUUAUUGAAGACAAGACCUGAAAUAGCCCAACUGUGUCCUCAUAUAAUCCUUUCAAUUCCACCCAAGAUUGGAAUAACUGUUCACAUGUGUAACCUGAGUCAGAGAAACAUGGCAAAUUCCCAUGAA